AUGUACCAUGUUCCUGAAAUGAGGCUGCAUUACCCCUUGGUGAGCCCCCAAUCUACCGCUGCAACUGUUCCCACCAGAAAUUACGAUAAUAUUCUUCCUUCGUUCAACGAACUAUCUCAUCAAAACACGAUCAAUCUUCCUUUUGUCCAGCGUGAAGCCGCGGACGCAUAUACAAACGUUGCUCCUGUAACGGCAUCACCAUCCCAGACUGAAUCGGGCUAUUACUGCCGUUACUACGCUUUCCCUCUGCCUCCCUACGCACAGCACCCUCAGUCUCAAUACCAACAGGCUGUGCUUCCUUACGCUACCAUUCCAGGCAAUAACUUCCCACCAUCGUCUUUCCCCAUGAUGACCAUGGUGCCAUCAGAAGUUCAGUCUGAAAGAUCUUUUUUAAACCCUUUGCACGCUCAUACAGAUCUGCCCCCAAUCAUCCAAAACUCCAAUGAUAUCCAAAUCGCGCCCCAAAACAGUGCUAAGUCAAUGACGACCACGAUGGCGGCAACCAAAAAAAUUCCUGGACUUCGUUCCACCGUGGUUCUUAAACCGCGUGUGAUUACAACAAUGUGGGAAGACGAAAGUACCAUCUGCUAUCAAGUCGAGGCGAACGGCAUAUCUGUCGUGCGCAGGGCGGAUAACGAUAUGAUUAACGGUACAAAGUUACUGAACGUCACGAAGAUGACGAGGGGAAGAAGAGAUGGCAUACUAAGAUCGGAAAAGAUUAGAGAAGUCGUAAAGAUCGGCUCUAUGCACCUCAAAGGUGUUUGGAUUCCUUUCGAAAGAGCGUAUAUCCUGGCUCAGCGUGAACAAAUUCUGGACCAUUUAUACCCACUUUUUGUUAAGGACAUAGAAUCCAUUGUUGAUACCAACAAACGCAAUAACAAAAAAUCUUCUUCCCCAGAUCUUAACCCUGGAAAUUAUCAUUCUGUUAAGCAAGAAUCAUCCGAAAACAAGGACAAACUUUAUACUGAAGUUAAGCAUGAGGGCGUUAGAGCCCUCUCGAAUGAAGUGUCUUCCCAGAAUGUGGGAGGAACGGAUAACUCAAAGAACAUUGAUAUCGACAGUGAGGCCCAAAACAGAACAAGCAGAGCCAAAAAUGAAAUAUCCUAA